AGAUGCAGGCCCAGGUGUAGGGGAGUAGGGGGGAGUGGUCCGCCCCUGCAGAAGGGAAAAAAAAAAAAAAAAAACAACAGAAGCAAUUUGGGGAAUCCUACCCAGGUCAAUAAAAAAAAAAAAAACCAAACCCGCUGCUGUCCAGUCGAUUCCAACUCAUAGCGACCCUACAGGGCAGAGUAGAACUGCCCCACAGAGUUUCUAAGGAGCACCUGGUAGAUUCAAACUGCUGACCUUUUGGUUAGCAGCCGUAGCACUUAACCACUGUGCCACGAGGGUUUCCCCAGCUCAAUAAAGUCUUCCUCAGUUCAACCCAGAUCAAUAACUGCUCUGUCCCCCCACCUGACUUAACCAUUCCCCAUUAGUGCAUCUCUCAGAGGAAGAGGUCUCCUUUUCCGACUCUGUCGGAAUCACUGUCUCCAACUUCUUUGUCUUCCUGAGGGCACCUGAGGUCUUCUCACUCAGGCCUACCUGGGGUUCUCCAAGCCCCAAUUCCUCUGCAUUCCCAUCCGGUGUAGUAAAGCACUCUCCUUCUGAGGGCUUUAUCAGUGCGGUGCAGAUGGGCAAAGCCCAGGCCCUGGAGGGCCCUGAAGGGUCUGGUUCAUGGUUAUGGCUUUUCUUGAUGGUCUCUCAUGUCUGCCACACAGCAGCUUUGAUGCAUUAAGUUUUCUUCCUCACUCCCACCUCCACUUUAGACCCUAGGCUUUCCUUGAGGACGAAGGUUGAUCGAGAAUCAGCCCCUAUAGCUCAGGAUUAGUGCUGGUGGUGAGAGCAAUAAGUGGGCAGGGUCACCUGGACAUAUUGAGAGACACGGAUCCGCAGAAGAAGCACCCAUGUGGCGACAAACGAAGGGGUAAUCAGCUGGUCCACAUGGGGUGUUACAGACUCCUGUCACAAUGUCCUGGUAGUCACGUGGCUACGUGGGCGCAUGGUGGGGGCGGGUGUCAAAGGUUGAAGUCCGGAUGUGGUGUCAAAAGCGUUACAGUUGGUCUCUCGCGCUCGGGUGGACGCAGAACCCGGGCCGCACUAGGUGCUUGGCAGAGCCCACGUGGUUCAGGGCCCGCCCGCGGCGCCGCAGGAGGAUUCAGGGGAGCUACUCGGCGGCUAGAGCUCGCACACGCCGAGUAGACACGUGCCCGCUGCACGCUGGGUAUAUACAGACCCGGAGCAGAGCCGACCCUGAUUUAGAUGCCCGCAAAAGCUGCGCGCGUGCACAUGUGUCCCUGGCUCGCUGGUACUCUUGUCCCCGCCCCCUCGGUCGCGCGCCGGGGCGAGCGUGAGGGGAAUGAAAGGCCAUGGCUGUAACUCUCAGCUCCCCCUGGCUCAAAAGGGGAAGGAUCAGUGAGGGGGGCACCCCCACGCCCUCUCCACUCUCAAUCCUGCGCCUCCGAAACCUCCCAUAGCACCCAAAUUAAUAUUCGCCUAAGGGGAGCUGGUGGGAGGGAACUAAAUAUGGGGGCGGGGCUCGGAGACCAGCUUAUUAUCAUAGCCUGCAAGGGGUGGGAUAGGGGUUUGGAGAAAAGCAAUUCAGCAUCUCCGACCUCCGAGUCUCCACUGGGGAUAACGCGGGAGCGCGCAGCCGCCCCCAGAAAAGCUCCAGGCGCUCUAGCCAGACUCCCUGUAGACCCUGGGGGUCCCUCGCUCCUGCCAGCUCGCCGUCACCAAGGCCUCGAGCCUGGCGCACGCUCGCCCCCCCCCCCACCGCCGGCUCUGCUGCCGCCCCCUCCUUGGAAACCAAGUUACCAACGUUAAGCCAAUCCCCGAGCGCAACUCUGCCUCCCCCACACCCCACCCGCCGUGCCGCGCCGUCUUCUAGCCCAGCUCGUCGCUCGAGCUCCCCUCGCCUCCUGCGUUUCCCCUGCGGCGGCGAUGCCAGGGCCCUGGCCAGGGCUGCGCCGGGCGCUACUCGGCCUCUGGGCUGCCCUGAGCCUGGGGCUCCUCGGUCUCUCAGCGGUCGCGCAGGAGCCCUUCUGGGCGGACCUGCAGCCCCGCGUGGCGCUCGUGGAGCGCGGGGGGUCGCUGUGGCUGAAUUGCAGCACCAACUGCCCACGGCCGGAGCGCGGUGGCCUGGAGACCUCGCUGCGCCGGAACGGGACCCAGAGGGGUCUGCGCUGGCUGGCACGGCAGCUAGUGGACAUCCGCGAACCAGAGACACAGCCUGUCUGCUUCUUCCGCUGCGCGCGGCGCACACUGCAGGCGCGUGGGCUCAUCCGCACCUUCCAACGGCCGGAUCGCGUAGAGCUGAUGCCACUGCCCCCCUGGCAGCCCGUGGGCGAGAACUUCACCCUGAGCUGUAGGGUUCCCGGCGCGGGGCCCCGUGGGAGCCUCACGCUGACCCUGCUGCGGGGCGCGCAGGAGCUGAUCCGGCGCAGCUUCGUCGGGGAGCCACCCCGAGCGCGGGGCGCGGUGCUUACCGCCACGGUACUGGCGCGGCGGGAGGACCAUGAGGCCAAUUUCUCAUGCCGCGCGGAGCUGGACCUGCGGCCCCACGGGCUGGGACUGUUUGAAAAUAGCUCGGCCCCCAGACAGCUCCGGACUUUCACCCUGUCUCCGGAUUCCCCGCGCCUGGCUGCUCCCCGGCUCUUGGAGGUGGGCUUGGAAAGGCCUGUGAGCUGCGCCCUCGAAGGACUGUUCCCGGCCUCUGAGGCCCAUAUCUACCUGGCGCUGGGAGACCAGAGGCUGAAUUCCAAAGUCAUGCGUGAGGGGGACGCGCUCACAGCCACUGCCACAGCCACAGCGCGCGCAGAGGAGGAGGGCAUCGGGCAGCUGGUCUGCAACGUGACCCUGGGUGGCGAGAGCCGCGAGACCCGGGAGAACGUGACCGUCUAUAGCUUCCCCGAGCCCCUCCUAACCCUAAGCGAGCCCAUAGCACCCGAGGGGACGACGGUGACGAUUACCUGCACAGCUGGGGCCCGAGCCCUGGUCUCACUGGAUGGAGUUCAAGCCGUGGGUUCGGGGCAGCCCGCCCAGCUCCAGCUAAACGCUACCGAGAAUGAUGACAGGCGCGACUUCUUCUGCGACGCCACCCUUGAGGUGAACGGGGAGAUCUUGAGUAAGAACCGGAGCGCCGAGCUACGAGUCCUAUAUGCCCCCCGGCUGGAUGAUUCGGGCUGUCCCAGAAGCUGGACGUGGCCGGAGGGCCCGGAGCAGACGCUGCGCUGCGAGGCCCGGGGAAACCCAGCGCCUUCGGUGCAUUGCGCACGACCCGACAGUGGCGCCGUGCUGGCACUGGGCCUGCUGGGUCCGGUUACUCGCGCACUCGCCGGCACCUACCGCUGCAGGGCAGCCAACGUCCUGGGCGAGGCGGUCAAGGACGUGACACUGAUGGUGGAGUACGCACCGGCACUGGACAGCGUGGGCUGCCCAGAACGCAUUACCUGGCUGGAAGGAACAGAGGCCUCGCUGAGCUGUGUGGCGCACGGGGUCCCCCCGCCCACCGUGAGCUGUGUGCGCCCUGAGGAGGAUGGGGUUGUCGAGGGGCUGCUGCGCGUGGCCCGGGAGCAUGCGGGCACCUACCGCUGUGAAGCCACCAAUGCACGCGGCUCUGCAGCCAAAACGGUGGCUGUCACGGUGGAAUAUGGCCCCAGUUUUGAGGAGCUGAGCUGCCCCAGCAAUUGGACAUGGGUGGAAGGGUCUGGGCGGCUGUUUUCCUGUGAGGUCGAAGGGAAGCCAGAGCCAAGUCUGCAGUGCGUCGGCUCCGGGGGCGCCAGUGAAGGGCUGCUGCUGCCGCUGGCAUCCCCAGCCCCUACUCCCAGAGCCUCCAGCAUCUCCAGUGCCCUGGCACCCGGCAUCUACGUCUGCAACGCCACCAACCCGCACGGCUCGGUGGUCAAGACGGUCGCCGUGAGCGCGGAGUCCCCGCCACAGAUGGAUGAGUCAACCUGCCCCAGUAACCAGACGUGGCUAGAAGGGGCCGAGGUGGCCGCGCUUACCUGCGCUGCGGGGGGUCGUCCCUCCCCAAGCGUGCGCUGCUACCGGGAGGGCACACCCCGGCCUGAACGGCAGCGCGUAUCCCGCAACGACGCGGGCACCUAUCGCUGUGUGGCCACGAACGCUCACGGCACGGACGCCCGGACCGUCACUGUGGGCGUGGAAUACCGGCCGGUGGUGGCCGAGCUGGCAGCCUCGCCCCCGGGAGGCGUGCGGCCUGGAGGGAACUUCACGCUGACGUGCCGCGCCGAGGCAUGGCCCCCAGCUCAGAUCAGCUGGCGCGCGCCCCCGGGGGCCCCCAACAUUGGCCUGUCGAGCAACAAUAGCACCCUGAGCGUGUCUGGCGCCAUGGGUAGCCACGGCGGCGAGUACGAGUGCGCAGCCACCAAUGCGCACGGGCGCCACACGAGGCGCAUCAUGGUGCGCGUGGCCGGUCCGUGGAUGUGGGUCGCCGUGGGUGGCGCGGCGGGGGGCGCAGCGCUGCUGGCUGCGGGGGCCGGCCUGGCUUUCUACGUGCAGUCCACAGCCUGCAAGAAGGGUGAAUACAAUGUGCAGGAGGCGGAGAGCUCGGGGGAGGCCGUGUGCCUCAAUGGCGCAGGCGGCGGCGCUGGGGGAGGCCCCAGCGCGGAAGAUGGACUGGAGGCUGCUGGCUCCACCGAGACGCCGGCGGGGGACGAGGUCUUCGCCAUCCAGCUGACUUCGGCAUGAGCCCGUGCCCUUCUCCCCGCGGGCCCGGGGACGCCCCCAGACGUACACGGGGGCUUAUUUAUUGUUCUAUUUAUUUAUUUAUUUAUUUAUUUAUUUAUUUAUUUAUUUAUUUAUUUAUUUAUUUAUUCAACUCCAGGGGCGACAGCCCUAUUUUCUACCCCCUCCCAGUAAAGUUUUUAUAAAGGACUCCCAUCUCUGCUUCUGUGUCUUCGAUGGGGAACAAACCCGGGGUUCAAAUCCCGAUCCUGCGUUUUUUGUUUUUUUUUUUUAAGGGCCUAUAUUUUAUUAAGGGCCAGGAAACCCUGGUGGCGUAGUGGUUAAGUGCUACCAUUGCUAAAAAAGGUCGGCAGUUCGAAUCCUCCAGGUGCUCCUUGGAAACUAUGGGACAGUUCUACUCUGUCCUAUAGCGUUGCUAUGAGUUGGACUCGACUCAAUGGCAGUUUUUGGUUUGGACUAAGGGCCAGGCCAUGGUAUUUUCAAUCGCUUCAUAUGCAUGCAAAAGCUGGUCAAUGAAUAACGCAGACGGAAGAAUUGAGGCAUUUGAAUUAUGGUGUUGGAGAAGAAUACUGAAUAUACCACGGACUGCCAGCAGAAGGAACAAAUCUGUCUUGAAGAAGAACAGCCAGAAUGCUCCUUAGAAGCGAGGAUGGCCAGGCUUCUUCUCACAUACUAUGGACUUGUUAUGAGGAAAGAUCAGUCUCUGGAGAAGGACAUCAUGCUUGGUAAGGUAGAGGGUCAGCAAAAGAGAGGAAAACCCUCAAUGAGAUGGAAUGACACAGUGGCUGCAACAAUGGGCUCAAACAUAGCAAUGAUUGUGAGGAUGGCGUGGGACCGGGCAGUGUUUUGUUCUGUUGUACAUAUGGUUGCUAUGAGUUGGAAUCAACUUGACGGCACCUAAUAACAAGUGCCAAGCACAGUCCAAGCUAUCUUUCCUGGUGUGACAUACAGCCUGCUGCUUGCCCUCUCUGUGCCCAUUUCCUGCUCUCACAGACCUUUGGUCAGGGGUGGAGACCACGCUCCUUCCUCCCCUCCCUGCUGCUUAUCUCUUCCGCCCAGCAGUGACCUUCUGAUCCAGCUCUUAGGUGGUGGUGGUGAGGGGCUUCCCCCACGCCUGGUUACUGACAGAGCUGAGGCCAGGAUGGGCAGAGCUGGAGCUACCUUUGGGGGGGGCGCGGGGCUGAUGUCUUGCCAUGAUGGACAAGGCUGUGGCUGUAGCUACGGGCGUCAGACCUUGCGAUGUCCCUUCUAUUAAGAGUGCACCCCUGCCCCACGCUCAAGGCCUCCUCCAUCCUGUGUCUAUCCACUGUGCCUCAGUUUACCCCAACCUGUCUUCUCACUUGGCCCAUCUUGGUUCAGAACAGACAUAGGGGACUAGCUGUACUCCUCACUACAUAUUCCCAUUUCCAUCACCCCCAACAGCCUAUGGAGACCGCAGCUGGGUUUCCUCCCCCAACCCCCCCAACCUCCUCCUCCCUCAAAAGCAGGAACACAGAGCUCUGGGGAAGGAAGCCAGCCUGGACAGCUCCCAAACCAUGGCUGCUCCGGGUCCCAUUCCUCCACUAGAACACUGACUGAGCAAAGGUGAGAACAGUGCUGGGGCUGGGUGCAGAGGGCAACGAGGCCCAGCGUGCUGCAGCCCCUGCUGCCUCUGCUUCAUCUUUUCUGCCUCUCCCCCUUAAUGCUUCUCCAGUCCCCUUGGCCUCCUCGCUGUUCCUUGCACCCCACAAAGCCCUGCCUCAGGACCUUUGCACUUGCUGACCCCUCUGCCAGGACCGCUCUCACCUCAGACAGUCCCAUAGCUAUCCUUCAGGUCUUUACACAAAGGUUACCUCCUCAGAGGGCCUUCCCUGAUCACCAGGACUGAGGUAGCCCUGCCAACUCUCUAUCUCCUUACAGACCUUAUUUUUCUCUGUAACACGGAUCAUUACUUGAAGUUCCACUACGCAUAUAACUGACUAUUUCUUUAUUGUUGGUCUAGAGCGUCAGCCCCACUAGAGUAGGAAUCUUUGUCCUAUUCAUGGUUGAGUGUCUCCACUGGGGUCUGGCAUACAGUAAAAAACCAAAACCAAGCCUGUCGCCGUUGAGUCAAUUCGGACUCACAGCGACUCUACAAGACAGAGUAGAACUGCUCCAUAGGGUUGUUUUUGUUUUUACCAUUUUUUAAAUCAUGUUUUAGAUGAAAGUUUACAGAGCAUGUUAGUUUCCCAUUCGAUAGUUUGUACAUAAGGUGCUCCAUGACACGGUUGCAUUCCCCACAAUGCAUCCAUAUUCUAUUUCCACCCUGGGCUCCCCGUUUCCUUUCCUUCUGAUUUUCUACACCCCUUCCUGCCUUUUCAUCUUUGCUUUUGGGCAAAUGUUGUCCUUUUGAUCUCCUAUAAUUGAUUGUUCUGAGGAAUACAUUCCUCUUGCUGUUGCUGUUUAUUUUAUGGGCCUAUCUAUUGUUUGACUGAAAGGUGGUCUCUGGGAGUGGCUUCAGUUCCAGGUCAGAAGGGCGUCUUAGCGCCAUAAGUCUCAGGCUUUUCUCCAGUCUUUAUCAGACCAGUAAGUCUGGUCUUUUUGGUGAAUUUGAUUUUUUUUCUACAUUUUUCUCCUGCUCUGUCCAGGGCUAUCUGCUGUGAUCCCAAUCACAGUCCUUUGGACUAAUUACCCCCUUGAGUCUUUGGUUUUCUUCACUCUCCUUUGCUCUGGACAGGAAGAGACCAAUAGAUGUAUUUUAGAUGGCAGACCCCAGACACUACGCACCAAAGUAGGAUGUAGAACACUGUCUUUAUGAACUAUGUUGUGCCAAUUGACAUAAAUGUCCCCUAAGUCUACGGUCCUUUACCUUCAUUCUGCGAAGUGUUAUGUCUAAGAGGUUUUCAUGACUGUGCCCGUUGUGUGCUCUAUUGACUAUAUUAAUCUACAUGCAGCACCUACAAUUAUGUAGGUAGAAACAUCCACAACAAACCUGUAUCGGCAGGUGGGUGUGCCCCCUUAUGCCCUCCCACACCUCUCUUUAACACCUCUCUUUAGCAUCCCUAUUUAUCCACUUGUAAAUUGUUUGUUAAUACUACUGUUGCAAGAUUAUCUAUGUUAUAGUAAUUACUGUAGUUGCCCUUUAUGCUUGCAUUCCUCUGUUUUCCUUUGCUUUGGUCAUGUUGUGCUGACUUCCUCCAUAUUUGUAUUGCCUUUUCCUUCACCAAUAUUAACACACAUCUUGUAUCUUGCUAGUGAUUUUCCCUCCCUCCUCCUCCCACCCUUGGUAACCAUCAGAUAAUUUUUUUUCUGUGUGUAAUCCUUUUCUUGGAGCCCUGGUGACACAGUAGUUAAGAACUUGGCUGCUAACCAAAAGGUUGGCAGUUCAAAUCCACCAGCUGCUUCUUGGAAACCCUGUGGGGCAGUUCUACUCUGUCCUAUCGGGUUGCUAGGAGUCUGAAUCAACUCGACAGCAACGGGUUGGUUUGUUUUAAUCCUUUUCGUGUUUUUUUCUAAUAGUAGCCUCAUACAAUAUCUGUCCUUUCGUGAUGGACUUAUUUCACUCAGCAUAAAGUCCUCCAAAUUCAUCCAUGUUGUGAGAUGUUUCACGGAUUCAUUAUUCUUUAUUGUUGUGUAGUAUUCCAUCAUGUGUCUGUACCAGUUUGUUUAUCCAUUCAUCUGUUUGUUGAUGGGCAUUUGGGGUCACUAUGAGUUGGAACUGACUCCAUGGCAAUGAUUUUUUUCUUAGUUUGUUUCUAUCUUUUUGAUACGAACAUGGUUGUGUAUAUGUCUAUUCAUGUCACAGCUCUUAUUUCUUUAGGGUUUAUACCUAUGACUAGGAUUGUUGGAUCAUAUGCUAUUUCUAUUUCUAGCUUUUUAAGGAAGCACCAUAUCGUUUUCCAUAGUAGUUGUACAUUUUUACAUUACCACCAGCAGCAUAUGAGAGUUCCAACCUCACCAACACUUGUUUUCUGGGUUUUUUUUAUUAGUGCUGUUAUUGUCAGGGGUGAGAUGGUAUCUCAUGGUAGUUUUGAUUUGCAUCUCUCUUACGGCUAAUGAGUGUGAGCAUUUCCUCAUGUGCUUGCUAGCCGCCUGAAUGUCUUCUUCGGUGAAGUGCCCACAGGGUUUUCAAGUCUGUAAAUCUUUAUGGAAGCAUACUGCCACCUCUUUCUCCCAUGGAGCUGCUGCUAGAUUUGAACCCACAGACCCUGUAGACCUCCCUCCCUCAUUCUGGUCCCUCAGCCUCCCACACUGGGCCAUGAGGAUCUCAAGGGUGUCUGCGGGAUUUACCAGUGUCCCUGGGGUACACAGCAGGUACCUAAUAAAUCAUUAGGCAGAUAAAUGCUGUCCCAUUGUUUACUACAUAAAAUCUGAACUUACUGGCACAGGACAGCUGAGCACUUAACUACUGUGCCACCAGGGCUCCUAAAUGUUGAAUAAAUGGAUCUAAACGGCCAAGACUUAGCAGACACACAUCUGAGACUUUCAUGUGUUCAACAUAUAUUCCCGAAGGGCUUCGCCAUGCUGGCCACUGGGGAGGCCUAUGAUGGUUAAACAGGAGCCUUGGUGAUGUAGUGGUUAAGCACUUGGCUGCUAACCAAAAGGUCAGCAGUUCAAACCCACCAGCUGCACUGAGGGAGGAAGAUGUGGUAGUCUGCUUCCAUGAAGAUUACAGCCUUGGAAACCCUAUGAGGCAGUUCUGUCCCAUAGGGUUGCUAUGAGUUGGAACUGACUCAGCGGCAAUGAGCAUGGUGAUCAAGGACAAAGAUAAGGUGGCCUUUGACCUCAUGGAAGUCACGGUCCAGUGGGGAGACGAAUGUGAAUGAAAUAACCCUGGACCAUAUAGAGCCUACCAGGAUUUCAAUUCCCUAAGAGGGAGCCCAGAAAGGGGCUGAAAUAGAGACCGAAACAAGAUGAGAGUGGGGGGUAUAGACUGAGUGAUCAAGGGAGGCUUCUCUGAGGAGGUGACAGUGGGGCUGAGCCCCCACAAGUGAUGAGAAGGUGGUAGCUAUGGGGAGAUCUGCGGCGAAGGUGUUCAGGACUAAGGAUGGGAGGGGCUGAGUGAGUCAGGAAUCCAUGGAUGUUUCUACCUCCCUUUCAAGUCUCUCUAAACCCUGGCUUGAGGCAGGGGAUGGUGUGUAUAAAGGUGGUCUGUCCAGGAAGGUCUGCUGGGUGUGUGUGUGUGUUGGGGGAGGGGUGACAGGGGAAUGGUUGGCUGGUGUAUCUGUGUGUCAUGUUUGUCAUCUAUAGGUGUGUCUGUUUCAUUCACCAUGUCUGCCAAUGUGUGUGUCUGUCAGCACGUGUCUAUCUCAUGUGUACGCGUUGCCUUGUAUCAGUUUCACAAGUCUGUCUCACGUGGGUCUGUCAGUGCACGUGUCUGUCCUGUGUGUGUGUCUCUCAUGUUGUGUGUCUGUCUUGUGUGUGUCUGACUUUCUACAUGUCUACUCUGUCUCUGUGUUUGGUGGCUGUUUCCCUGUAAGGGACUUUGUGGUGAAUCUUGCCUGUAUGGAUGACUGUGUCUGUGUGUGACUGUGUGUGCCCCUCAGAAUCCCGAUGAGAAAACACCUGCUGCCAUAUUUCUGGGCUGGAGGAGAGGACGGUAAGGGGUGCACAGGUGGGGUCCCCAAAUCAAACUGCUCUCUCUCUCUGAGUAGCUCUUUAUU